AUUUAUAUACAUACAUAAUUACACAUAGUAGGUACCAACAGAUUUUAUUGGAAGAGAAAGAGUUGUUUUCCCUAUAAUGAAAAUGGCUACAUUAUCAAGACGUUCAUCAGGUGCAAAUUCGAAUGGAUCAACAGAUGCAGGAUUAUCGCCCGCAAAAAAGCCAAAAAGACGCAACGAACGUAAUAUUCUUACAUUUUAUGAGAAAAUUGCCGUCAUACGUUAUUACGAUGAGACCAAUAUAUCACGCAACAGUUUGGCCAAAAUGUUUCACUGUUGCGCCACCCAAAUUCGCCGCAUAUUGGAGCGCAAACAGGAACUUUUACAGCAGCUGGCCACUCUAAGUGAAGCAGACGCUUCGAUUAUAAUCGAAGAGAUGACACGCAAGAGACGUAAAUUUGAAAUGAGCGCCAUUAGUUUCAUUUUGCAUCAAUGGGUGGAGAGAUGUCGUCAAAUGCGUUUGCGUAAAAGUAUCACAAAUGAAACACUUAAAGAGACGGCCGUUAAAAUGGCUGCUAUUCUAAAUCUGCCCGCUUUUCGUCCUUCCUAUCGUUGGCUGAAUCGUUUUCGCGGUAAAUACAAGUAUAACGAUGAAGAUUUGGGAUCUGGCACGGGACCAAAUACCGUCGAAGGCGAAUUGUCUGUUGAGGAUAUUAUCAUUGAAUUUAAGGAUUCUCUGCCAAGUUUCAUGCAAAAGGAAAUAUCUGCCAUUACUUCUUCGGCCAAGGAGGAUGAUGCUGCAGUGGCAGUUGUUAGUGAAAUGAAACGAACUGAAGUUCCAGUCAUCAUAAACGAUGAUAAUAGUAACGAUGACUUUGAAAUAUCGGAUGAAGAUGAUGAUGACGAUAUGAACGACAGUAAAGAGAACAAUAAGAAUCCGGUUAACAACGACAACGACGAUGUUGAAGUGGUUGAAAUUAAAACCAAGGAAGCAAUUCUACCAAUACCCGCAAAUUUCUCCCCUACAACUGAGGAUUUGAAAAAAACUGAUCUCACGGUCGCUCAAGAUUAUCGUAUGAAUGCGGGUUCCGCUGCUCUGCUGCACAGCAUCUUUCCACAUUUAGCUGUUAUACACCAAUUUGCCUUACUUAAUUCGGACGUCAAAGCUUUGGAAUUAAUCUCCCAACUGGGUGUUCAUAUGAAAACUCAAGCCGACGAAGGUGCCUACAAACAAUUGUCGCUGGCGACAUCCGUUACCAAUGAUAUAAACGCGGCAGAUUUAGACACAAAUGGUGAUAAUAUCUAUCCGGACAUUGAUGAUAUCGUUUUGAUUGAAUAACUUGAAAGCAAUCCUUUAAAUUUAAGUUUUUUUUAUCAAUUACAUGCAAACGUACUUAAGCGUUCUUAUAAAUAUGUAUUUAUUUCAAUAGUUUUAAGCUGUAUUUAUGAAGUCAGUUAUUAAUUUACAUACUUUUAAGAGUCACCUAAAUUUUUCAGUAUAUUAUUGAAAUGAAUUUAUUUACUUUAAUCUAAGAAUAAAUAUAUGAAAAAGGAUAAUAAAUUAAAUUUAUUUCUACACCAUACAAAA